AUGUUUCUCAGACUUCUUAUUUUGAUUCUAUCGAUCUCUUCUCUCGCCGUGAGGUUCACUGAUUGCUCGGAGAUCGAAAGAACAAAUGAUACAAAUGAUCAGCUUCAGAACAUCACGCUAGACGAAUGGGUCCAUCACCAGGUCAAUAAGUCUUGGUCCAUACUUAUGUCGAAUGUUUCUCCUCAAGGCGCUUUACCAGGCCUCAUAGUGGCCUCUUUAACGACUGGACAUCCAAACUACUUUUACAGUUGGACUCGUGAUACGGCAGUCGUUCUGAAGGAGAUUAUCACUCGGUAUGAGGAAACCAAUGAUCCGAGUCUUCUUGCGAUAAUCAAGCAAACGAUUUCCGCCACCCAAGUCAUCCAAAAAGGCUCUUUCAGUACUGAGGCAAACAUGGGCGAGCCGAAGUAUGAAGUCAAUGGCUCACCUUACACUGGAAUGUGGUACAGACCGCAAAAUGACGGACCGGCAUUGCGCGCCACUGUAUAUAUGAAGUUCGCUCGAGUCUAUCUUAAAGUGGGAGGGAUCGAGGCUUUAGAAUACGUUGAACGGGUCCUGUACAACAGCAAUAAUGUCACGGGCAGUGUCAUCAAAGUUGAUUUGGAGUACAUCGCCAACCACUGGAGGGGCAUUUCUUUUGAUUUAUGGGAGGAAGUGAAAGGACACCACUUUUUUACCUUCUCCGUCAUCCAACGUGCUCUCAAAGAAGGCGCCCAAUUCUGUCAAGAAGUGAAGGAUCAAAAUGCUUCAGCUUAUUAUCAGCAGCAAGCGGACGAAGUUGGUGAACAGUUGAAACUGUUUUGGGACGAUCAGAAAAAGUUUGUUGUGGACAGCAGGGAUUUACUCUGGGUUUAUUAUGGAAAGACUUCUGGAUUAGAUGUCGGAACGAUCCUUGGUUGCCUGCACUCUGGAAAACAUGUCUCCGACGAAUUCAGACCGGGUUCAUACAAAAUGACCAACACGUUCACAGCUUUGCUUAACUCCAUGAGUUCUCUCUACCCACUCAAUCAGCGUUACGGGCAUUAUGCUGCCAAAGCGAUUGGAAGGUACCCCGAAGAUGUUUAUGACGGCGAGAACAAAACCCACGGAAACCCAUGGUUCAUAACCACAUUAGCCAUGUCGGAGUACUUGUAUAGAACGAACUCGACCGGGGCAGAUGUCAACCUGUUCAAAAACGAAACAGGCUUCGAAACUAGACAAAUUGCCGAUCAAUUCUUGAUGAUUGUCAAAGACUCGGUCCAGGCCAACGGCUCGAUCCAUGAAGGCUUCAGCAGGAUUGACGGUCACGGUGUCGGCGCGCGGGAUUUGACUUGGUCUCAUUUAUUCGAUCGGAUCAAAUGCCCAGAUCAUCGACCGCCACAAUCGACUUGCUCGAGAGCUAAAUGUUUAUUCAACCAUUUUCAACCCGAACCAGCAGAUGAAGCAGAAUCAGGACAGAAAGAACAGGAGAAGCAACGGCAGAAGCGGAAGCAAGGAGCCCCACCGAUUUCCAGCCAGAAAAAAGCCCAACCAGCUGAGCCCACUAAUCUUCUACCGCCACGUAUUGACAUCAGCAAGACCACGAGCUCGCACACGUUCCCAUCGGUCCGGCAAAAGCUACUGGAAACGCUUUAUCAGGAGUACCUCAAGCUGUACCAGGACUCGAAGAUGACGGACGAGGAGGCGCGUGCCGCGGCUCGGAGGGACAGUCUCCAGGAAGAGCUGGACUGUCUGCGAGCGUCGUGCCAGAAGACUUACCGGAACGCAGUGAUCUCUCGAGUUGUCAAAAUCAGAAAGCGCAAAAACGAGCCCGAGAUUCAAUCGCUCACCGGAACGACCACAGAAUUCGACAGCCUCAAACAGGCUGGCCCAAGCUCAAAACCAUAG